UGUACUGAUAUAUACAUAAAUGAUGAAAAACAAAAACCUUUUUGUUUUUGCAUGGCUCAAACAAAAAUCGAUAGCCAGACACAGGGCAACGCCAACGCCAACGCAAACGGAAAAGGGCACUGAAUUGAUUGUGCAACACAAUAAGAAUACGAAACGUAACGAACACGAAGCUGAGUAUAAACUUGAAGCUCCUCCCCUUAUCGUUCAGGGACGAAGCGAAGCCAGCAGUGGUGGGUGGUUAAUGCACGGCCUGCUUGCCUUAGCCAAUUGUCUCGUCAAUUAUUUGCCAUUGUAUGAGGUAACUGCUGUAUUGCGUUUCGGUUGGCGGACGGUAACGACUGGCAUACAUAUGCGCGAGGCAAUCAACAGUGAUUCAAUAGCUCAGUUGACCAAAUCCAUCCACACGAUAUGGGGAAUCGAAUCGGAGUACUGA